UAUAAUUCCACCUCAUAUUUUAUGUGUUCCAAACUUCUUCUUGGAAUGUCCCCUCCAUAAUAAUCCUCAAACAAAAGCCACCAGAGAGAGAGCAAAGCUCAUUCUCUUUAGAGAGAGCAAAAAAGAAUGGCAGCUUGCACUGUCUACUCAACACAAUCUCUGAGCACAAACUGCUCCAUCUCAACCCCAGCAAAGACACAACAUGGUUUUCACCAAAGACAGGUAGUUUUCUACACCACAAGCAGGAGGAACAGCAAGAGGGGCAGCCUCAGUGGCAGCAGCAGGUAUGUGAUAACAUGUGCAGCUGGUGACUCACAGACAGUGGUGAUUGGCCUGGCAGCUGACUCAGGUUGUGGUAAGAGCACCUUCAUGAGGAGGCUGACAAGUGUGUUUGGAGGAGCAGCAGAACCACCAAAGGGUGGCAACCCUGACUCCAACACUCUCAUCAGUGACACCACCACUGUCAUAUGCUUGGAUGAUUACCACUCUUUGGAUAGAACUGGCAGAAAAGAAAAGGGAGUCACUGCUCUUGACCCUAGAGCCAACGAUUUUGAUCUCAUGUAUGACCAAGUUAAAGCCCUCAAGGAUGGAAUUGCUGUUGAAAAACCUAUUUACAACCAUGUCACUGGCCUCUUGGAUCCACCUGAGCUCAUCAAACCCCCCAAAAUCUUAGUCAUUGAAGGGUUGCACCCAAUGUUUGAUCCUCGAGUCAGAGACCUCUUGGACUUCAGCAUCUACCUAGACAUUAGCAACGAGGUGAAAUUCGCUUGGAAAAUUCAGAGAGACAUGGCAGAGCGUGGACACAGUCUUGAAAGCAUCAAGGCUAGCAUUGAAGCAAGAAAGCCUGAUUUUGAAGCAUAUAUUGAUCCACAAAAGCAAUAUGCUGAUGCAGUGAUAGAAGUGUUGCCAACUCAACUGAUUCCAGAUGACAAUGAGGGUAAGAUUUUGAGAGUGAGGUUGAUACAGAAAGAGGGGGUUAAGUAUUUUAGCCCAGUUUACUUGUUUGAUGACGGCUCCACCAUUUCCUGGAUACCAUGUGGAAGGAAGCUUACAUGUUCAUACCCUGGCAUCAAAUUCUUCUAUGGACCAGAGACUUACUACGGAAAUGAGGUGUCAGUAGUAGAAAUGGAUGGACAAUUUGACAGACUAGAUGAACUAAUUUACGUAGAGAGCCACCUAAGCAACCUCUCAACCAAGUUCUAUGGAGAGGUUACUCAACAAAUGUUGAAGCAUGCUGAUUUCCCCGGCAGCAACAAUGGCACAGGACUCUUCCAAACCAUAGUUGGUUUGAAGAUAAGAGAUCUAUAUGAACAGAUUAUAUCCACCAAGGCUGAGACUCCAGUAGGAGCAGCAAAAGCUUAGGAACCUGCCAUAAUAUAUAUACACAUGCCAUUCAUCAAUUCUCAUUAUCAUUUUCUUCUUUCA